UGGGUCCGAAGCAUGAUGUCUCGUCUGGUCGGCGAGGAAUUGGGAAAGUGUUAUGCUCGUGAGGGCGUGAAUCAUUUGGAGAAGUGUGGGGUUUUGAGGGUGAUGGGGAUUAUAGAAAAAUAUUUCGAGUUGUUGUCGGAGCGCAAGAUUAAGGGUUAUUUGUUCCAGGAGAAGAAUUCUUUUGAGAAGAAGGAAUAAGUCAUUUCAUCUAUUUCGAUUGGGGUUGAGGUGGUGGAGAUUAGCUGGAUGGAUUGAUGGGUGGUGAGGUGAAGGGAUGGAUGUUAUGUGAUAUACAAUAUAUGCAUUGUGGUU